GAGAAUGUAACCGUCCAUCUCCAAUACCCUGUCACCCUCCUUUCCUUCCGACUGUCAGUCAGAGCGCAAACCGCUGCCUUCACACACGCGCCAGUCAGUCACUGGGAUGCGCGAGACCCAGCAGCCACCGAGCAUAUAGCGCGGGAUAAAACGAAAGCUUACCAAUAAUUAAAGAUCCUUCCUUUCUUUUUGUCGAAGGAGGAUAAAGCAGAUGUUGCAUGCGGAAUGGAAUUAGAUUUUUGUUCCACAGAACCAACGACACAAUGAGAGGGUCUAGGUUUAGAGAUCACUGAACAUUUGGUUCAAACGCAUAUCAGCAGCACAUUAGAGUUGUUUUGCUCUGUGAAGAAAAAUAGUUCAUUUUCUCCUGAAGUGCUGGAUUGUACCUAACUUGACAUGGCUCUUUUAGUCCACCUAAAAACAGUCCGGGACCUUCGCGGAAAGGGGGACAGAAUCGCCAAAGUCACAUUUCGAGGUCUGUCGUUCUACACACGUGUUCUGGAGAACUGUGAGGAUGAGGCCAGAUUUGAUGAGAUGUUCCGAUGGCCGAUCGCCAGUAGAGUGGAUGAAAACGAGAUACUGGAGCUUCAAGUGUUCAACUACAGCAAAAUCUUCACCAACAGAGUCAUUGGAACCUUCCGGAUGGUUCUACAGAAGGUGGCGGAGGAGGGGCAGCUGGAGGUGACAGACACACUCAUCGAUGACAACAACACCGCCAUACGGACUAGUGUUACCGUAGACAUCAAGUACACGACCAUGGAUGGGACAGUGGGGGUGUGGAGCGAUGGGGAAUUCCUGGACGUUCCGGGCGACCCAGAGGGAACGUUCCAGUUUGAGACAGACAGCCUGCUUUCCGGACACAGCCAUGGAUCAGGAUCAGGAGUGUCUCCUGGACGAUCCAUCCACGGAAUUCCCACUUUCAGGAAGGAGGAGAAUGAAGAGGAGGACAAAAACAGUGUGAACUCAAGAGCAGGGAAAGGGGUAUUCUCAGCCAUGAAGCUCCACAAGACCAAGAGCUCCAGAGAUGACCACAAGAAAGAUGAGCCAGCCACCCUGGACAUGGAGGAUCUGGACAGGAAGGCCUUGCGUCUGGGAGGGUUUGGGGGUCUGGACCCAGACUGCAUCUCCCUGGCGUCCGUCACCGCCGUCACCACCAAUGUCUCCAACAAGAGGUCAAAGCCUGAUAUCAAGAUGGAACCUAGUUCUGGGAGGCCUGUGGAUUACCAGAUUAGCAUCACAGUGGUCGAGGCCAGGCAGCUGGUAGGCCUAAACAUGGACCCUGUGGUCUGUGUGGAGAUUGGGGAAGACAAGAAGUACACCUCCAUGAAGGAAUCCACCAACUGCCCCUACUACAAUGAGUAUUUUGUCUUUGACUUCCACGUCCCACCAGAUGUCAUGUUUGACAAGAUCCUCAAGCUCUCAGUGAUCCACUCCAAGAACCUGCUGCGGAGUGGCACCUUGGUUGGCACCUUCAAGCUAGAUGUUGGCACAGUCUACUCCCAGCCUGAGCACCAGUUCUACCACAAGUGGGCCAUGCUGUCUGACCCUGAUGACAUCACAGCGGGGUGCAAAGGUUACAUCAAGUGUGACAUCGCUGUGGUGGGGAAGGGGGACAAUAUCAAGACUCCCCACAAAGCCAAUGAGACGGAUGAAGACGACAUAGAGGGGAACCUCCUGCUUCCAGAGGGAGUUCCGUUGGAGAGGCAGUGGGCGCGGUUCUACGUGAAGAUCUACCGAGCUGAGGGCCUUCCCAAGAUGAACACCAGCAUCAUGGCCAAUGUGAAGAAGGCCUUCAUAGGGGAGAACAGAGACUUGGUGGACCCCUACGUACAAGUGGUCUUCGCUGGACAGAGAGGGAAGACUUCUGUCCAGAAGAGCAGUUAUGAGCCCAUCUGGAACGAGCAGGUGGUCUUCACUGAGAUGUUUCCUCCGCUCUGCAAACGCAUCAAGGUCCAGAUACGAGACUCUGACAAAGUCAAUGACGUUGCCAUAGGAACGCACUUCAUUGACCUGCGAAAGAUCGCCAACGAUGGUGACAAAGGGUUCCUCCCCACCAUGGGCCCAGCCUGGGUCAACAUGUAUGGCUCAACCCGCCACUACACUCUGAUUGAUGAGCACCAGGACCUGAAUGAGGGGCUGGGGGAAGGUGUGUCCUUCAGGGCCCGCCUCCUCAUCUCUGUUGCCGUAGAGAUCCUGGACACCACCUCCACUGAGAUUGUGAGCUCCACCGAGGUGCAGGUAGAGCCUGUCUCCAACAUCUCAGAGAGUGCCACAGGGAAAAUAGAGGAAUUCUUCCUAUUUGGUUCCUUCCUGGAGGCCACCAUGAUUGACAGGAAGAUCGGCGAUAAGCCAAUCAGUUUCGAGGUCACAAUAGGUAACUACGGUAACCAGAUAGACGGAGUGAGCAAGCCCCCCGCAGCUAAGAAGAUGAAGAAGAAAGAGGGAGGAGGAGAGAGUGAUGAGGAAGAGUCAGAGCUGAUCCAGCAGAACUCCAGUGAGGACGAGGCGGACGAUGAUGGGGACCUGGUGUCUGUGUCCUCCACCCCUCCCAUGAAACCUGUCAUCACAGACAGGAACUACUUCCACCUGCCCUACUUUGAGAAGAAGCCAUGUAUCUACAUCAAGAGCUGGUGGCAGGACCAGAGGAGACGACUCUACAACUCAAACAUCAUGGACAAGAUCGCUGACAAAAUGGAGGAGGGUCUGAAUGACGUGCAGGAGGUCAUUAAGACAGAGAAGGCCUAUCCAGAGCGCAGACUCCGAGGGGUGCUGGAGGAACUCAGCACUGGCUGCAAUCGUUUCGUCACUUUGGCCAACAAAGACCAGAACCAGGCAGGCAGAACUAAACUGGACAAAGAGAGACUCAAGUCCUGCAUGAGAGAAAUGGAGAGCAUGGGGCAGCAGGCCAAGCUGAUUCGCUCCCAGGUGAAGAGGAACACGGUUAGAGACAAACUGAAGAUGGUUCAAAACUUCCUGCACAGGCUCCGUUUCCUUGCCGACGAGCCCCAGCACAGUAUCCCAGACGUGUUUGUAUGGAUGAUGAGUAACAACAAGCGUAUCGCCUACGCCCGCAUCCCCUCCAAAGACAUCCUCUACUCCAUCGUAGACGAGGAGACAGGCAAGGACUGUGGCAAGGUCAAAGCUGUCUUCCUCAGGCUGCCUGGUAAGAAGGGGUUUGGUCCAGCGGGUUGGACAGUGCAGGCUAAGAUGGAGAUAUACCUGUGGCUGGGUCUCAACAAACAGAGGAAGGACUUCCUGUCUGGCCUGCCCAACGGCUUUGAAGAGAACAAGGCUCCCAGGACAAGCCCCUGUCUACAGUCUGUACCCCCCGUCAGUCUGGUUUACAACAUGAAGCAGGUAUUCCAGCUGAGGGCUCACAUGUACCAGGCCAGGAGUCUGUUUGCUGCAGACAGCAGUGGCUUGUCAGACCCCUUUGCCAGGGUAUUCUUCUCCACACAUAGCCAGGUCACUGAGGUCCUGAGUGAGACUCUGUGCCCUACGUGGGAUCAGCUGCUGGUGUUUGAGGAUGUUGAGCUGUUCGGAGAGGCCGGCGAGCUACGAGACGACCCGCCUAUCAUUGUGGUAGAGGUCUACGACCAGGACACUGUGGGCAAGGCAGAGUUCAUUGGUCGGACAUUUGCUAAGCCCAUCACUAAGAUGUGUGACGAGCACUACGGCCCUCCGAGGUUCCCCCCACAGCUAGAGUACUACCAGAUCUACCGUGGUAACUCUACCGCCGGUGACCUACUGGCUGCCUUUGAGCUGCUGCAGAUUGGACAAGGGGGGAGGGCAGAGCUUCCUCCCAUCGAUGGUCCAACAGACUCAGAACGUGGACCCAUCCUCCCUGUACCCAUGGGCAUCCGACCUAUCCUCAGCCGCUACCGCAUAGAGGUUCUGUUCUGGGGCCUGAGGGACCUGAAGAGGGUGAAUUUGGCCCUGGUGGACAGACCCAGGGUGGACAUCGAGUGUGCAGGGAGAGGAGUCCAGUCUGCUCUCAUUCAGAACUACAAGAAGAACCCCAACUUCAGCACCCUCGUCAAGGGGUUUGAGGUGGACCUGCCAGAGAAUGAGCUACUUCACCCUCCUCUGAACGUCCGGGUGGUGGACUGCAGAGCGUUUGGCCGCUACACCCUGGUGGGUUCCCAUGCCGUCACCAGCCUGCGACGCUUCAUCUACAGCCCCCCAGACAAGACACACAACAACUGGGCCAGCGCAGGUGAUGUCACAGUCAACAUGGAUGCCGACCCCUCAGUCAGGAAGAUGGACACGGUGGUCAAGUUAGACGCUACGUCUGAUGCAGUUGUUAAAGUUGAUGUGAAUGAGGAGAAAGAAGAAAAGAAGAAGAAGAAGAAGAAGAAGAAGGGAGAGGUGGAGGAGGACGAUGAGACAGACGAGAGCAUGCUGGACUGGUGGUCCAAAUAUUUUGCUUCCAUAGAGACACUGAUGGAGAUCCUCAGGGCUCAGGAGGCAGCUCUGGCCGAGGCAGAGGAGAGGGAGGACCAGGAGAUAGCAGCAGAGGGAGCAGAUAUCAAACCUGAUGACCUCCCUGUAAAAGGCUCCAAGGGGAAGGAGAAGAGCCGAGACAAGAGCAGGAACAAGGAGAAGAAGAAGAGCCACCAUGCAGGAGAGGAGACAGAGAAACACUCCAGCAAACCCAAAGUGGACGAGCUGCUGGUGUACAACAAGGAGCUGGAGGCAGAGUAUGAUAACUUUGAGGACUGGCUCCACACCUUCAACCUGUACAGAGGGAAGGCAGGGGACGACGAUGAAGCAGCCCUGGAUGACGACAGGAUCGUGGGCAGAUUCAAGGGCUCCAUGUGCAUGUACAAGUUGCCUCUGUCUGAGGAGAUCACCCGGGAGGUGGGCUUUGACCCAAACAUGGGCAUGUUCCAGAGCAUUCCACACAAUGACCCUAUCAACGUGCUCGUGCGCGUCUUCGUGGUCAGGGCCACAGACCUCCACCCUGCUGAUGUGAAUGGGAAAGCGGACCCCUAUGUUGUCAUCAAACUGGGCAAGUCAGAGCUGAAGGAUAAAGAGAACUAUAUCUCCAAACAGCUCAACCCUGUCUUUGGCAAGGCGUUUGACAUGGAGGCUACGUUUCCCAUGGAGUCCAUGUUGACCGUGUCAGUGUAUGACUGGGAUCUGGUGGGCACUGAUGACCUCAUCGGGGAGACCAAGAUCGACCUGGAGAACCGCUUCUACAGUAAACACAGAGCUACCUGUGGCAUCGCUAACAGCUACUCUGUACAUGGUUACAACGUGUGGCGUGACCCGAUGAAGCCAAGUCAGAUCCUGGCCAAGCUGUGUAAGGAGGGCAAGCUGGACGGCCCCCACUACGGUCCCGGGGGCAGGGUCAAGGUCGCCAACCGCGUCUUCAUGGGUGCCACAGAGAUCGAGGAUGAAAAUGGUCUGAAGAAGCAGACAGACGAGCACCUGGCCCUGACGGUGCUGAAGCACUGGGAGGAGAUCCCCAGGGUGGGCUGUAAACUCAUCCCAGAACACGUGGAGACAAGACCCCUACUCAACCCUGACCACCCUGGCAUUGAGCAGGGGCGGAUUGAGAUGUGGGUAGACAUGUUCCCCAUGGACAUGCCAGCACCUGGACCCGCCAUCGACAUAUCACCACGUAAACCAAAGAAAUAUGAGCUCAGGGUGAUUAUAUGGAAUACAGACGAAGUAAUACUGGAGGACGAUGAUUACUUCACUGGGGAAAAGUCCAGUGACAUAUUUGUCAGGGGCUGGCUGAAGGGUCAACAGGAGGACAAGCAGGACACAGACGUCCACUACCACUCUCUGACGGGCGAGGGGAAUUUCAACUGGCGCUUCGUGUACCCCUUCGACUACCUGAUGGCUGAGGAGAAGAUCGUCAUCUCCAAAAAGGAGUCCAUGUUUUCCUGGGACGAGACCGAGUACAAGAUCCCUGCACGCCUCACCCUGCAGGUCUGGGAUGCUGACCACUUCUCCGCUGAUGACUUUCUAGGUGCGAUAGAGCUGGACCUGAACAGGUUUCCCCGCGGGGCGAAGACAGCCAAGCAGUGUUCUAUAAACAUGGUCCAGAACCAGGCAGAGCUGCCCUGCAUCUCCAUCUUCAAACAGAAGAGAGUCAAGGGCUGGUGGCCAUUCGUGGCCCGUGACGAGAACGACGAGAUGGAACUCACGGGUAAAGUGGAGGCGGAGCUUCAUCUCAUGUCGGCAGAGGAGGCGGAGAAAAGUCCUGUUGGUCUUGGACGCAAUGAGCCUGACCCUCUGGAGAAACCAAAUCGGCCAGACACCACCUUCCUGUGGUUCCUGAGCCCCCUGAAGGCCAUCCGCUACCUGGUGUGUAACCGCUACAAGUGGCUCAUCAUCAAGAUGAUUGUGGCCCUGCUGCUGCUCAUGAUGCUGGGGCUCUUCCUCUACAGCAUGCCUGGCUACCUGGUCAAGAAGCUGCUGGGGGCCUGAGGGGGAUGAAUGAGUGGAUACAUGCGGAGACAAGAUGAUUGCAGCCCCCCUCCCUCAACAUCCCAGCCUUGCCCCCGCCCCACCACCCAUCUAACCCGGGCAGUGCUGCUUAACACACAUUCUACUCAAAGUCGUUCUAUCUAUCCCUUGGACUUUUUAUCUAUCGCUUUAACUACUAAAAACCAAGAACGUCCAUAUAUCUUCUACUCUACAGUAGCACAGUGGGCCUAACCACUCCUGCGAUGACCACUGACUAACCAAUCAAACUCCUUGCCCCUGAUCUGAUCAUCAAUGAUGUGGCAUACCCUGAUGUAACAUUUGAGACAUUGUUUAUUUAUUGAUCUAUUUGUUUGUGACUUAAAUGAUGUGGAAGGACAUGGUUAGUGGUCAGUUGAUCGGUACUGUUGGUCUUGCAUGGACAUACAUUUCUCAAGUGAUGUUGUCAUUUUUCCCAUUACUUCUAUUAUACGGCUGUUUUUAAAUGGGAAUCAUGGGGUUGGUUGGUGUGAUCACUUGAACUGGACAACAAAUGGAUUGUUUCCAACAGUUAAAGUUCCUCUUGCAGCCUUUGUACACAUCUUAAAUAAUGAUGAAGAGAUUGAACAACAGAUGUCUAUUUUCUUAGGACCUAGUUUAACAAGAUUUAAAGAGGAACAAAGAAUACAAUAAUAACUUUUGAAUAUUUAUCAAUUACCGAGCUAAGCAUGCUAUCGUUUGGUUUAAUUUGUGUCCUCAAACACCAACAUUUUAUGGAACAAUGCUUGUUUCUUCAGCCCUUCCUUCAGUGACCUGGAAUGCUCUUAUAGAUUGUUACUGUUAUCCAGCAAAUGCACAGUAGGUUUAGAGACAAAUAUGCAUGCAACUGUAUUCUAACAUCUCAGAGUGAUUCAGUUUACAUGAUCAUCUGACAAGGCAUGACUUUCUAUUGUAGCUUUACAGUCAGUUACUAAACCUUUUAUUUAUGUCCGGAUCUAGACCAUUUUUUUUCACAAUGUAGAGAUUCCUAAGUGGUUAUGUGCAUCUUAUAGCACAUGAGACGUACAGGAAUAGGAAGGUGGGGAUUGGCCUCUUGACCUCUACCCAAUCAGAUUACUCGGCUUGCCCUAUCAGUUUUUUUAAUCAGUUUAAUUACUAUGCAUACUACCUUCCUCUAAUUACUUGUUUUUGAUUGACUUUUGAUUACUAUUGAUAGUGUUCUGCAAUGUUGAGGGAGAUAGCACGUAAGCAUUGCACUGCACCUUUUAUACCUGCUGGAAACUGUGUAGGUGAUGAAUACAAUUUGAUUUGAGAUUACUUAGUUUGCAGUGGGCAGUUCCCCCAUGGUUUCCCUUGCUUGACCUACCUGUAGUUAUUAGGCAAGUUAGCAUUUUUCAUAAUGAAUCUUGUUCUGGAGGCAGCUCUGCAGAGUGGUCACUAGCUGGCACAGCCACAAAGUCAUAAAAUCUGAUUUUAAAAUUAACCCUAGCUUUAACCACACAGAUAACCCUAAUUGAUAACCCUAGCCUUAAAUUAAGACCAUCAAAUGAAAUUCUUUCCAGAAAUGUUUACAAUUGCCACUUUUGACUUUGCAGCUAGCUCAGGUCUGCCUCAAGGACAAAACUCAUCCCAAUAAACGUCAGCCUGCAGUUUUGACAUCAUUUGUGUUGCAGUCAUCUUAGUGAUCCUGUGUUCACAAAAUACAAACCAACAAAAAAAAACAUUUUAAUGUUUGCACUAACUCUCGUCUGUUUGUAUGAUAAAGUGUAUUUAUAUAUUUCUGUUGAAAAGUGUGCAAUCUUAAUUUGUCUGUUUUAACAAGGACUUUCAAUAAAUUGAAUGAAUUGAAAAACAAUUUUGGGAAAUGUUAGGUUUAUAUACGUUUACAGCGUCUAAUAAAUGUCGCUGUGUUCUUGAUGUGUGUGGCAGAGGUUGCAUGAGUAUCUAGACGACUCUUUUGAGGGUAUUGUGUGCAUAUUUGUGUUGUGUGUGUAA